AUGUUAAGUUAUUAUAAACACAUAUCUAAACUCCAAAUUUUAACAUAUUUUCUAGGCAAGGGAAAAUUCGGGGUUGUUCAAAGCGCAACUUCUGUGAAAAAUCCAGACCUGAAAGUGGCUGUAAAGUCCAUUAGAUUAGAAAAUAUCAAGUCUCUGUUCCACUCUUUUGCUUCUGAAGUAUACACACUUAAAAAGAUUGAUCAUCCGAAUGUGGUCAAUAUUAUCGAAAUCUUCAGAGAAGAAUCUGAGAUCCACAUCGUAAUGGAGUUCAUUGAAGGAGUUGAGCUCUUCCGGUAUCUCCUGAUGUCUGAAAAAUUUGAGGAAUCAAAAGCUGCUAUAGUUAUUAGACAACUUGUUAAAGUUGUCAAAUACAUUAAUUCUCUGGGUAUAUGACAUCGGGAUAUCAAACCAGAGAACAUUUUAUUUAACCCCAAAACUCUCCAAAUCAAGGUUCUUGACUUCGGAAUGGCCACUUUCUUCCAUAAGAAGACUCGACUUGAAUGAAAGUGUGGAAGCCCUUACUACAUUGCUCCAGAGGUUCUCGAUGGUUCCUAUAACAAGGAAUGUGAUAUGUGGAGUGUUGGGAUCUGAACUUAUGUAAUUCUAACCAAUACUUUCCCGUUCGACCCAGAAAGACUUGAGGACUUAUUCAGUGCUAUCAGAUAUCGUAAAAUUCCUUUCUUCAAAGAAGACUGGAAGAAUCUCAGUAAAGAGAGCAAGAAAUUUGUAGAGGCUCUCCUUCAGAAAGAUCCAAAGAAGAGACUUACGCCUGAUGAAGCAUUAACUCACCCUUUCUUAUCCGACAAAGAUGGUUCUGAGUUUAAAUUUAAUCCAAUUUUCUUGCAGAAAUUGGUAACAUCAGAUUCUUGAACUCCAUUCAAGAAGCAGAUUUGUGCUUUGAUUAUCAGACAUAUUGACUCUAAAACAAGAGAGGAACUUGAAAAAUGCUUCCAAGAUCUUGACACAGAAGGAACUGGGUUUAUCAAGCCAAGUCAGCUCCUUUUGUGUUUAGAGAAAUCCAAAAUUAGCGAUUCAAAAUUGGAUGAAAUCAAAAGGAGCAUUGAAUUCCAGAAAGACGUACCAAUAGACUUCUCUAGUUUCAUGACAAAGGUUCUAUUUCUCAAGAAAAAGUUUACUGAAGAAAACAUCAGGAAGGUUUUCCAGGAGCUUGAUCAAGAUAAUCUUGGCUAUGUGACAAAGGACAAUAUGACUGACUACUUUCAUCGCAAGCAUUCAGAAACAAUUUUGGAAGAAUCAGAUGAAUUCUUUCAAUACUCAAGAAUCGAAAAAGAAAGAGAAUUAGAGCUUUAUAAGAGCUUUUGUUCCAGAACAGAACAGGUUAACUUCGAAACUUUUAAGAGUUACAUACUCGGUCCAAGAAAGGAGGAACAUAAUUCCAUCCCCCCAGGGAACUCUUCAGGCUUUGUCUUCCCCAGGAGCUCUCUAAAAGAGUUCAAAGAGGCAUGUUCCUCCCAGAAGUGAACAGAGGCCGACACCGAAAGGAGCUCUUAAAGACGAUUUAUAAAUAUAUCCGACCAUACCCUUAUA